AUGCCGGGCAACUUCCACGAGGUCCCUGAGUCAAUCCUGGCGUCCUGGCCGAAAGCGAACUUUGACGAUCCAGUACGUAGAGGAUGGAUGCCAGCCUUCGCAUUGACGUGGCAGGUUGCUGCUACAAUACUGCUCGCGGCGCGCUUCUACCUCAGAGCCAGGAGACAGGCAGGAGAGUUUGGACUGGAUGACUUGAUGAUCUUCAUCGGCUGGUUCUUCUCCUUGGGCUUCACUACGACGGCGUACAUUGGUACAGAACGAUAUGAUCUAGAUCGCCAUACUUGGGAUGUUCACCCACAAUUCUAUGUCGGUGCUGCACUGACUCAACAGACUGGUUGGACGGCACAGCUUAUGUUCAUCUUCUCGACUGUCCCAACGAAGCUCUCAGUCUUGCUGUUCUACCGAAGGAUGAUCAAAGAUAGUCUAGACAAGCGAUGGCUGUACGCUAUCUACUUUGCGAUCUUCGUCACGGCUGCUUACGGGUCCGCCGUAUUCCUCACCUACUGCAACAUGUGCCAUCCUCUGUCGGCAUAUUGGCUCAGCUACGACUUCACGUACGACACGGAGUUCGCCUGUAUUAAUGGACAUGCUCUGACUGUGACCAGCGGAGUCUUGAGCUGUCUCUCUGAUGCAUACGCGGUAGCACUUCCGUGCUUGAUUCUGAGACAGUAUUCAUUGGAUGUACCAAAGAGGCAAAAGAUCGCUCUCAAUCUCAUCUUUGCCAUGGGCUUCCUAGUGACUGGGGCCGGCAUUGGCAGAACCUACUACCUAUGGAGGAUCAAUCACACUUACGACACUUCUUGGGCCGGCUUCGAUCUCUUCGCUUGGUCCGUAGUCGAAUGUCAUCUUGCCAUCAUCUGUGCAUGUGCACCAUCACUUCGGGCAUUCUUCCGGCACUACCUGAGGGACCAUAUCAAGCGAACCUUUACUUCGUUCAGUAGUGUCAGCUACUAUGCACAAGACAAGCCUGGAGAUACGGAAGCAUCCCGUAGCACUUCUACCAGAGCACUAGAUCCUCACGAGGCGCGGCAUGAGGACCUUGAGGCGUGCAUUAGCGACAAAGGAAGACCGGAAUCGUCAAUGUAUGACUUGAACACGAGCUACCCUUCUUCAGGAGCUCUGGCAGAUGGGAACUCGCACGAUGAUAUUACGAAGAUCACAUCACCUGAGGAGUACGAGAUGUACAUCACGGCAAAGCAGAAGAAGCUACACCCCCACGCCAGUCUUAAUCGGUUACAAGCGGUGGAUACCAAUCUUGCAGAGGAGACAGUAACACCAAAGUCUGUGAAGCGUGCCUCGACAGCUUCGAUCGAGGCUUUUGCGAGGUCAGAGUUGAAGACUAUCGAUGUGCCCAGUCGGCGGACGUCGAAGCAUAGUGGUGUGAAGCCAAGAGUUGAGCCUGCGCAGACAACUUUCCACAUUUAUAGCGAACCUGUAGUAGAGCCGAGGGGUCAUAAUGACAAUGCCAUGUAA